GUGCAUGGCUGGGGACAAGGAGGAGGCCGGGACAUGGCAGCACGUGACUGCCAGCAACCCGCCCGCCGAGCGGGUCACCCGCUCGUCUGUGGUCAUUGAUGCGCAGCAGCGCAUCUGGAUUUUCGGUGGUUUCCGGUAUAGAGGCCGCUAUCAAGGAGUCGAUAAAGGGAUGGCCUUCUUCAAUGAUCUGCACUACUUUGACACCCAGGCCAGGGCAUGGCACGAAGUCACCGCCAGCAAUGCCCCCUCCGUGCGCAAUGGUCACACCAGCGUCAUUGAUGCGCAGCAGCGCAUUUGGGUCUUUGGUGGUUAUUAUUACAGUGCCCGCUUGAAUGAUUUGCACUACUUUGACAUCCAGGCCAAGGUGUGGCAUGAAGUAUCUGCCCAAAACGCCCCUCCUGGGCGGAGCUUCCACACAGCUGUGAUGGACGCAAAGCAGCGGAUGUGGAUCUUUGGGGGCAACCGUCCUCCGCGCCAGGGUGAAUACAAUGAUUUGCACUACUUUGACAUCCAGGCCAAGACGUGGCAAGAGGUGAAAGCCAGCAACCCGCCCAGCCCGCGAGCCGAACACACCGCUGUCAUGGACGCGCAGCAGCGGAUGUGGAUUUUUGGUGGUGACGGUGUUCACUCAGGCACCUUGCACUAUUUUGACAUCCAGGCCAAGACAUGGCAACAGGUGAAAGCCAGCAAUGCGCCCUCCAAGAAGUCUGGCCACACGGCUGUCAUGGACGCGCAGCAGCAGAUGUGGAUAUUCGGCGGUUACAGUGGCAAUGCCAAUAAUUUGCACUAUUUUGAUAUCCAGGCCAAGACAUGGCAACAAGUGAACGCCAGCAACCCCUUCGAGCGGUACAACCACGGUGCUGUCAUGGACGUGCAGCAGCGGAUGUGGAUAUUUGGUGGUUUUGCUGAUGACUAUGGUACUCGAAGCUGGAAUGAUUUGCGUUACUUUGACACCCAGGGGGGUGCAGUUGGCACGACCACUCCGUCGGCAAACGGCUCAAUUGCAGAGAUCAUUCAUGAUGAGAUGGCGACCAUGAAUUGGGAUGCUUUGGAAUUCUCCCCGAUCUACCGAUGCUUCGUGAAACAGACGCUCUUUGAUCACUUCACUGCCUCCUGCGCCGACAAAUGCGACUCUCCCGCCGUGGUGGCUCGUGGCCAAUGUGUGCGCCCCGAGCGUGGCGUCACCUUCACCGUGGAAACCGUGGCCAGUUGGAGCUUGUCGGUGCAGUGCAACGAGGCUUGCUGGAACGAAUGGCAGAACAAGACUCUUCACUACACGAGGCUGGCAGUCGCCAAUGUGUUUGACAUCCCCUUCCAGGAAGUGGAGCGAGUCGGCGUGGCGUUCCACAGUGCGCGGCGCCUGCAGAGCGGCCUUUCGACGCGCUCCGCCACGGUGCAGGCCUACAUCAACACCAAGCGUUUAGAGGUUGCAGAGAUCAACGCCUUUAUGCCCUAUGUCUUCGAAAAUGCCGCGGCAGCCACAGCUCUUUGGCUGAUGGGUGUAGUGGCAGGGAGGCUGUUGCCACUGGGUACUGUGUUUUAA